AAGUAAGUGACGGACCGGGAAUGUUUAGAGCUGCUGCAGACUUUAGUGUUUGUCACUGAUCAACAAUCAGCUCCAAUGGAGGGAGAAGUUUCAGAGCUCUCUGUGCGGGUCCCAUGGGGAGAGAUCAGGGGUCAGGUCUGGGGUCCUGACCAUGGUCGUCCUGUGCUGUGCCUGCAUGGCUGGGCUGACAACUGUGGUACAUUCAAGACCCUUAUUCCCCUUCUACCCAAAGAGUGCAGAUACGUGGCGGUGGACCUGGCAGGUCACGGCCUGUCGUCACAUCGUCCUCCUGGAGUUUUCUACUCGUUUCCUGCGUACGUGGCUGAUGUUCGCAGAGUCGUUGACGCUCUGCAGCUGGAGAAAUUCUCCAUCAUUGGCCACAGCAUGGGUGGUGACGUUGCUGGAAUGUUCACUGCACUGUAUCCUGAGAUGGUGGACGCUCUUAUACUUCUGGACACUUUUGGAUUUGUACCUACAGAUUCAACAGAAAUAUCCAAAGUGAUGAGGCAGGGGAUGGAAGAGAUGUUUCAGUUUGAGAAUAAGAAAGAAAAGAAAACAAGAGUUUACUCUUAUGAGAAGGCAGUAGAGAGGCUGUUGGCUGCAAACCCGACUCUGUCUGAAGAGUCUGUGCACAUCCUUUUAGAGCGAGGUAUAGUUCAAGUUGAUGGAGGAUUUGUGUUCUCCAGAGACCUGCGAGUUCAUUUUAAAAACAUAGUGCGCAUCAGUUUGGAGCAGAGUCUGGAGAUGCAGUCGAGGAUUCAAGCUCCUGUUCUAGUUGUUCUAGCAGAAGAAGGCGUCAAUAGAAAACUUUCUGAACCAGCUCCGGAUAAAUUCACCUCAACACUUCUCCAAUGUUUGCAGGACGAAAAAUUUCAGCACACGGUGGUGAAAGUACCGGGCGGUCAUCACGUUCAUCUGAAUAAGCCCGAAGUCGUCGCUCCGUUUGUGUCCAACUUCCUGCGAACCAAAGCGCUCGCAUGGUCAAGGAGCCGAGUGCACAAGUUAUAAUUUAUUUAACACACUCACGCUUCCAUUUUGCUACCACGCUGUCACACACAAGUCAUAUUGUGCUGUUGUUCAUAAGACUAAACUGUUUGAGUGCUUACGUUAACAAAAGUAUAUUAAAGGUCCCAUUUUGUGCCAUCACUGCUUCCUUAAUGUGACGUCAGUCCUGUUGAAACAAGUUGUUAGGACGGGACAUUAGGUGAUGAGCAAGUUUACAAAAUGCAGCAGAGUCCGCUGGAGCUGACUAGAGUCACUAGAAGCACAUUCACAGUACCUGUGUUGUAGCUAAGCUAACGGCUCAGAGAGGCUAACUUUCUGAUAGGUGUGUGUGUGUCUGGGGGGGACUGUCAGUGUGUGGGUUCAAGGUAAAGAUUGUAUUGAUUCUGGUGGUGUUUCUACAGCUGUCUAAAGCACAAGUCCAAACCAUUACUCCAAAAUAGAAAAAUACUAACAAAAAUUAGCUUAAACUCCUUGGCUGAUGUAUUUUGAUCAGUAUAGAGUUAAAAAUAAGCGGGGCGUUAGAGGGCGUUAACACUGAAAUGCUAAUUUUCUUAAAUUUGAUAAGAAUGUCAAUAUUAACACCAGUAUUGACAAUACAAUCAUAUACUUCAGUUUACAGCUCAAAGGAAGUUUAAGUGUAGGGUACCUAUAAGUGUUUAGGUUCAGCUUUAGCUUUAAGUGUUAAUGUAUCAGUUACAGAGAGAAAGGAAGGUUUUAUAAAACUGCCCAAGAUUGUGAUUUUAUUAAAAAGUGUGAUUUAUUGUUUA